GAGAGAAGCUCUCCGCUCAUUUUCACUCACAGCGAACCGAAGGGGAAGACAGACCUCCCAGCGCUUUCUGCUCUACAUCCACAUUCUCCGGGAUUGCCACGCGAUUUCAAUGUUCAGCCUGCCCUUUAGCUUCCGUGUAGAGUUGGGUCGUAGCUAUAUGGCGAUUGCGAGCGUCAGCGGAGUCUUCUGCCAGGCCCAGCACCAGCUCUCCUGCUGCGCGGACAAGUGAACCGACGGCCCCCCUCGCAAGAACUACAGCACCCGCAAGCCCCCCUGAAACCCCCCCACAGAGACUACGCUACCCAGAAACCCCCCUGAUCUCUCCCCGCCUACGCACUUCCUGUCUGUUCUCUGGGCCUUCCUCUUGCCGCUCUCUUCCCCUCUCUCUCGUCUCUUCUCUUUGGUGGCCAAAACUCCCCCUUUGAAGGACCUGCCCAAGUGCUGUGUGUGUGAUUUUAAACACGCACACUCACACUCAUACAAAACAUCAUCCCAAAGAUUACAUCGUGACCUGUGUGUGUGACAACCGACACACACCGCCCCCCUGGUGACCUUUGACCUUUCACCUGGUGAAUCCUAAUUGGCUGGCCUGCUUGCCUGCCUCUGUGUGCACCUGUGGUCCUGUUCUGCAGCGAUAUUUCUCCGAUUAGCUCGACUUUCUCACAACUCCUGAAUGGGACGAAUGGCUAACAUGAACCGCCCGGCAGCAGUAGAGAUCAAGUACGAUGGGAUGAGGUUCCUCAUCACGCACAACCCCACCAACGCCACCCUCAACAAGUUUACUGAGGAGCUGAAGAAGUUUGAGGUGCAGACGCUGGUGCGGGUGUGUGAGUCCACCUACGACAAGGCUCCUGUGGAGCAGGAAGGCAUCAAAGUCCAUGACUGGCCCUUUGAUGAUGGAGCCCCUCCCCCCACCCAGAUCGUAGACGAUUGGCUGAACCUCCUCAAGACCAAAUUCAGGGAGGAGCCCGGCUGCAUCAUUGCUGUACACUGCGUAGCUGGAUUGGGGAGAGCGCCGGUGUUGGUGGCUUUGGCGCUGAUUGAGUCUGGAAUGAAGUAUGAGGAUGCAGUGCAGUUCAUCAGGCAGAAGCGCCGAGGUGCGUUUAACUCCAAGCAGCUUCUCUACCUGGAGAAGUACAGGCCUAAGAUGCGACUGAAGUUCAAGGACUCCAACGGCCACAACUGCUGCAUCCAGUAAAGCCACCAGUGGGCGCUGUCUCUCUCACUCUCGCCUCUCACACGCAAAACCUGGCGCAAACGACACAUUGACACGUUUUAAAAACAAGCGAAAUGAGAAAAAUACAAACUUAAAAGGACAAGAAACUCCAUUUUUUUGGCUCCAUAGUCACCAGGAGCUCCGUGCAGUUCAGGAGAGGCAAGAGGCUGUCUGAGAAUAUGUGGCUGUUUGAUUGGGUGAAUGCUGUUUUGGUGGUGGCGGUUGAUUGGUUGAUCGUGUUUUGUCUGUCUUGGGCCGUUUUGCUAUAGCGAGCCAGCCAAUGAGCAUUAGCGGUUAGCGGAGAAGUGGGCGGUGCUUAAAGGCUAGAAAGGCACCCGCCCGUCAAAUACACCAGCUGUAACCAUUUCAGAGCUACAGGUCAAAGCACACCGAUUAGGCCCUCCUCCUGGUUACCUGUGAACCAAUCACGGGCUUCCGAUCUCACUUCCUGUCGGCCUGCGAGCCAACCACAGGCUGAUAUCCCUUCCCCAAUGUUUUAUUUCCUGUCCCGCCUCUUGUCCCUCCCUUGAGUCAAUCAUGGGAUAGCUUUUUAUUUUAAAUUCCCUUUUUUUCCUUUUUUUAUUCUACAUGAAAAAAAAUGUUGAAAUGAACCAGUGGUAAAAGCAGAGAUUUAUACAUGUGAACUUGUAAUGAUAUGAAUGAUGAUUUUUAUUAACAUUAUUGGUAAAUGAUUACUCAAGGGCCAGACCUAUAUGUUAUCCUUUUUUAAUUUUAUUUGUAUUUUAUUUGAUGAAGCCACCUCACACAGGCUCCAUAUGUUGGUGGGAGAGGCAGCAAGGUUGAAGGGGGGCGGGGUGGAUAGGGGAGAGGGGAGGGGGGGUAGGUAGGUAGGUAGGUAAUGUUGUUGCACAAAGACUCUGAACAGGUUGCUUUACAAUGCAGUUAUUUCUCUCUCUCACUCUCUCUGUCUCUCUUUCUCUCUCUCUCUUUCUCUCUCUCUCUUUUCAUUUCUCCUCUGGACCGCCCCCUCGUGUGAAGAGAGGCACAUCUUGUGGGAGGGAUGAGAGAUGGGAUGGUAGUAGUAGGGGAGAGGGGUUGGGGAGGGUAAGGAAGGGUGGGAGAGGGGGAUUUGAGGUGGCCUUUCAAAACAUGUCUUCGCUUUUUAUUCCACAACAUUAGUCUCGGUCAGUCUGGGGUCGGACAGGACACACACACACACACACACACACCACAUACAGAAAGUCAUGUGACACCUACAUAUCUAGUCAUACAGUAACACACACACACACACUGAUGUCUGUCCUCUCACUCCUCUUUUACACGAUCAUGUUUUCUUUCGUUCUCUCUGUCUGACUGGGGAGUGCAAUAUUCAGACCUGGGACCGUCCGACACCACACACACACACACACCCACACACACACAGCAGUGAGGAAAAGGGCACAGGAAGAGGCUUGGUGUGUUAAAGGUACUCACAUUUGGUUGCUCAUUCACUACUGGGUGAAAACGUGUAGCUACACACAAACAAGCACGUAUAUACACACACACACACGCACGCACACACACACACAGUGACCCUACUGUCCAGCCCCAGUCAGUGAAGGAAGGCUGCAUAAGGCAGUGUGAAAGGGGGGGGGGGUCCACUCUAGGGUGUCUGCUCUCUCACCUCCCCUCUUUACUUUGUCUAUGGUUUUAAAUAAAUUAAUAAAAACCAACAUGAACUCUUUA